AUGGCCAGUACCAUUGUGCCCGCAGAGUUGGGGUGCCUUGAUGUCCCUCUUAGCAUACACAAAAGGAGAUGGCGUUCGGCGUUUGUCACCAUUUACUGCUCUAGAGCCUUCCAGUCAUUCUUCCAGUCAGUGUCCGACAACAACGGUUUCAAACUAGACCAAAGAACCCUCACUCAGCUUGUCAAGGAGAAAAGUCUUGGUAAGCUCCAAGAGUUGGGAGGGGCUGAAGGAGUAACAUCAGCUCUCAAAACUAAUGCAAAGCUUGGAGUUUGCGGUAAUGCUCAAGAUGUUGCGCACCGGAUUGAAGCGUUUGGUUCGAAUACAUACAAGACAGCAGCAGCCAAGAAGUUCUUCCAUUUUGUGUGGGAAGCAUGCCAAGACCUCACAAUUUUCAUUCUUAUAGGCUGUGCUGUACUUUCUCUUGCUUUUGGCAUUAUAGAGCACGGACUAAGAGAAGGUUGGAGUGAUGGUGGAAGCAUAUUUCUCGCAGUCAUUCUGGUGAUUUCAGUGUCUGCCAUAAGCAAUUACAGGCAGCACAUAGAGUUUGACAAAUUGUCAAAAGUCGGUAGCAAUCUCCAAAUUGAAGCUGUCAGAAAUGGCAUCAGACUACAGAUUUCAAUAUUUGAAAUUGUGGUUGGAGAUAUCAUUUGCUUAAAGAUCGGAGAUCAAGUUCCAGCCGAUGGGUUGCUCUUGGAGGGAUAUUCAUUGGAAGUAGAUGAGUCGAGCAUGACAGGGGAGAGUGACCAUGUGGAAAUCAGCCAAAGCCAUAACCCCUUCUUGUUUUCUGGCACCAAAGUGGUUGAUGGGUACGCUCAGAUGCUUGUCACUUCCGUCGGCAUGAACACAACUUGGGGCGAAAUGAUGAGCCAAAUCAGCAGCGAUACAAGUGAACAGACACCUUUACAAUCUCGCAUCCACAGGCUAGCCUCAUCAAUAGGUAUAGUUGGUCUGCUAGUAGCUUUGUUAAAUCUCAUAGUCUCGAAGAUAUACUACUUCACUGGAAAAACCAAGGACAAACAUGGGAAGAAGGAGUUCAAUGGGAGCAGAACCAAAGUGCAUCACGUAAUAAUUGCCGUGGUUGGGAUGGUAGGAACUGCAGUUACAAUUGUUGUGGCUGCAAUUCCAGAAGGUUUACCAGUUGCCAUGACAAUUACUUUUUGUUAUGCUAUGAGGAGAAUGAUGGCUGAUAAUGCAAUGGUUAGGAAACUCUCUGCUUGUGAGAUUAUGGGCUCUGCUACCACCAUUUGCACUGACAAAACAGGAACUCUUACCAUGAAUCAUAUGAAGGUGACCAAGUUCUGGAUAGGUGAAAAUCCCGUGGAAGAAGCCUACUCAUCAAUCUCAUCAGGUCUUCUUAGCUUGAUUCGAGAAGGGGUUGCUAUGAACACAACCGGUUCUGCUUCUAGGCAUAUCUCAGGAACUGGAUUUGAAUUUUCAGGCAGUCCUACUGAACAAGCCAUUCUUUCUUGGGCAUCUCUGGAGCUGGAUAUGGACAUGGAUACAUUGAAAAAUAAUUGUGUCAUUCAAGGUGUUGAAGCCUUCAAUUCACACAAGAAAAGGAGUGGGAUUGUGAUCAAGAGGAAGGUAGACAACACAAUGCACGUACAUUGGAAAGGGGCUGCAGAGGUGAUACUAGCAAUGUGCACAAGUUACCACAACGCCUCAGGGGAUAUAUUUGAUAUGGAUGAUGUUGCAAAGCAAGAACUUGAAUGUAUUAUUCAAGGUAUGGCAGCUAGUAGCCUGCGAUGCAUUGCAAUUGCUCACAGAGAAGUAUCCGCAGAGGAGCAAGUGGUUCCAGAACAGAAGACUUUGCUAAAAGACAAUGGCUUGACCCUAAUAGGGCUUGUGGGUCUUAAAGAUCCAUGUCGGCCAGGAGUGAAGAAAGCUGUUGAGAACUGUCACUAUGCAGGGGUAAACAUCAAAAUGAUCACAGGUGACAACAUUUUUACUGCACAAUCAAUAGCCACAGAAUGUGGGAUACUCAAGCCUGGGCAGGACACAAUCAGUGAAGCUGUGAUCGAGGGUGUGCAAUUUCGGAACUACACACCAGAAGAGAGAAUGGAGAAAGUAGACAACAUCCGUGUCAUGGCAAGGUCAUCCCCUUUAGAUAAGCUUCUUAUGGUGCAAUGCUUGAAGCAGAAAGGUCACGUAGUUGCAGUGACUGGUGACGGCACAAAUGAUGCUCCUGCAUUGAAAGAAGCUGAUGUAGGUCUCUCUAUGGGGCUGCAAGGCACCGAAGUUGCGAAAGAGAGCUCGGACAUUGUGAUCAUGGAUGACAAUUUUGCUUCAGUGGCCACAGUUUUGAUGUGGGGAAGAUGUGUUCACAAUAACAUCCAAAAGUUCAUUCAAUUCCAACUCACCGUCAAUGUUGCAGCUCUUGUAAUCAACUUUGUAGCAGCAGUUUCAGCAGGUGAGGUUCCCUUAACAGCAGUCCAGUUAUUGUGGGUGAACUUGAUCAUGGACACACUCGGUGCUCUUGCCCUUGCUACAGACAAACCCACAAAAGAACUCAUGGAGAAUCCACCUGUGAGCAGAACGGAGCCUCUCAUCACAAACAUCAUGUGGAGGAACCUCUUACCUCAAGCAUUGUACCAGAUAGCAGUGGUAUUGACCUUACGAUUCAGGGGAAGCACAAUCUUUGGUGUAGAUGAUAAGGUACAAGAUACCUUGAUCUUUAACACAUUUGUGCUCUGCCAAGUCUUCAAUGAAUUCAAUGCAAGGAAGCUUGAGAAGAAGAACGUUUUCAAGGGACUGCUCACCAACAAAAUCUUUCUAGGGAUCAUUGCAUUAAUAAUCGUUCUGCAGCUGGUGAUGGUGGAACUUCUGAACAAAUAUGCAGAUACGGAGAGGUUGAAUUGGGGGCAAUGGGGUGUAUGUCUUGGAAUCGCGGCCAUGUCUUGGCCACUUGGUUGUGUUGUUAAGUGUCUACCUGUUCCCCAGAAACCUAUCUUCAGCUAUUGGGAGGUGAAGAAAUAUAUAAGAACUCCGGUUAAACUUUGA